UGUGUUUUUUCUUUGCAUUUGGGUUUACUUCUCACUGCUUUAAGGAAAACCUGCUUAUAUUUGCUGUUCCAAGGUGUCAUUUGUCUCACCAAAACAGCCAAACUCUGAAACAUGAACUCAAUUCUUUUCUGGUUUGUGUUUUUAGUGUUUAAAAAAAAAAAAAAAACAAAAAAAAAGUGGUUAAUCAGUGGCCUAUCUUCAGAGAAAGCCUUGUAGGGACUGGUUUCAGAUAAUGGUAUCACUUACACCUGUGCAAUUGAUAAUAUCAGAACUCCUUUCAGGCAACUCUGAAUAUCGUUUGAGAUCUAUGAGUUGUGACUGGAAGCAGCGCUUGGACCAUGAAACACUGUGUGUGUAAGGAGAUUGUACGUUCAUCAUCAAAUCCCAAACUGAGGUCACAGGGAGUGACAGUAAAUGGAGGAAAAAGAAAACUUUUAUUUGAAACAGAGAAGAAAACCUCUCAGAAGUCAUGAAGGCACAGGCAAAGGAACUGUCUUGCUUUGAGUAGGACUGUAAUUUAAGUCCUGAGGAGCUACAUUUGUCUCCUUUAGCAAGAUUACAAAGUACCUUAUUAGAAACACAGUGUAUUGUAAAGCAGUUCUUAGGAGCCUCUGGACGGCCAAGCCUUCAUGGGUUUGUUAUAUGGUACACCAACCAAAUGUACAAAAAAAUAAAGUAAUGAUUAUGGAGAAGGAUAUAUACUCCUGAACUCUCUGAAAACAGUUCCAAUUCCCAGUUCUGUCCUUCACCUGUUUUAGACAAAACUUUGGCUGUUAACCACAAGAGUAAUGCACCUCGAUCAAAAUGAAACUCUGGUUUUUGGUAUGUGUCCUGUGUUACAUCCAUAUCAGCCCUUUAAAAAGAGCCCUUGGUAUUGGGCCUGACUUCUCCUGUCCAAUGACCGGACAAACAGUAGUAGUAACUAACGACAGCAAACAAAGAGUUUCUAUAUUCCUGAUAAACAAGUGAAAUAUAAAUGGAGGAACUGAGCGAGACUGAUUCUGUAUACCUUCUCAGCCAGAAGCACAGAUUAGGCUGGGCAGCUAUUGCAGCACUGGAUGCACAGGUAUGUUUUACUUGCAGAAAUACACAAGCUUGGAACAAAAUCAUCGCUGCUGCACGUUAUUGUAGUUGUGACAUAUUGCAGCCCAUGGGACACAGACUGUGUGUUUCCCUCUUGUCACUUGUAAAAGUUCCUGUUGCAUUUUCUGCUGGUGACUUCUGGUUCCUACAGCUUCCUUUUUCCUUGUGGAAAUAGCAGUGCAGUGGAAACAGUGUGGUUGGAGGUUGCUGUGGGUUCCUGGGGAAGAGCUCUUGGCUGGUAGGGAAGGGGCACCUUGUCCCCAGCAGCUGGCUCCCUAGGCCUUGCUGUGUUUCCCUACUCCAGCCUGUGGUAAUGCUGGAGCUAAACGAGGCUGUGAAGCAUGGCAAGGAUGUCAUACAGCAGUUGUACCUCCUGUGAUGUCACUGGGCCAAGUCAUUAAUGGAUUAGAGGAAAAUAAUCUUUAUUCUUAAUAAAAGCCUCUUUGCAUUUUGAUCUGAUUUAAUUGUGUUCACAUUGAAAGACACUGGAUGUUCCCUUGCUUUGGUCCACAGCAAUAAGUCUGAGACAAGACAGUAAGUUACAUUAAGACAGUUCCUGUUCAAAAAUUCAGUUUAUUCCCUGAGAACAAUACAACGUGUCUGCCAUGACAGGGGCAAAACAGAAAGGUUUCUAGCAGAAAAGGGUAACAGGAAGAUUAUCAACAAAGGGACAACUGAAAGAAGUGGACAUAAAGUUUGGAAAUAGUAAUAUGGAAGGUCUGGUAUACCCUUCUGAAUGAGAUUUCAAUCAAAGAAAUUUGGAAACAACCCUAAUUCUAACCCUCUGUUUUAUGAACAUAGAUUUUACUGCUGUGUUCUAUAGCAUUCUGAAUCAUCAGAUAUGCUGCUAUAGUUGUCAGCUUAACAGGUCUCUUCAUCCACGCAUCCUUCUACCUGUGCCUCUCCCACAACCAACUUGCCCUUUGAACUUCACUGCCAGCUUAACCUGGUGAAAACAGGCUUAAGUUCUUGGAGAAUUCAGAGCAGAAAUGUCUUUCUGGUGCUUUUAUAUGCUAUUUGGCAGAGAAGCCCAUUGAAGAAUUGGAGCCCUAAUAGUACUCAGAAAAGAGGCAUAAAAAUCUUUCCUGUCUUCCAUGUAGUUUCAUCAGCUUUCUGCAGCUUUUUGUUUCCAUCACAGCUCACCUGCAUAGAAAACAUUCUCUGCAAAGACUGGAAGUGAAGACUUUUAUUUACAAGUAUAAUGUCACAGUGCUGCUCAGAAAAGGAAAGUAAAUACACUAAAGAUCCUCUGGUCCUCCCCCCACCCCCAAACAACCCUGUGUAACUGAUGUUGAGCAGUGCUUCAAACCAGAGAGCUGCUCCAAGGAGCAGGCAGCAACAGGGUAUAUUACCUGGCUGGCUUGUACUGUACAAAGAAAGCUCACAGGGUUUGAUAGCACCUGAGGGGUCCAGGGGCCUCUUGAACUGUUAGAGUCUCUUCUGGGAGGGGCCAGGAAAGAAGAGCCUUGUGCUAUCAACCAGUCUCAUCUGCAGGAACUGUCAUACCCAGGGCCACUGAGAGGCCUUUUGCCAUGCUUAAGUCUUUGCACUCUCCCUUGGUAACAACUUCUGUUAGCACCUGUUUGUCAGUUCUUUCACUGCCUGUCUGUCUCACACACUGCCAGGUGAUAACCCAAAUUUCCCAUUCAUACUCAUCUCUGAUCCAGGCUUGCUUCCCUGUGAAUUGCUGUGACAAAUUUCUACUGAUAGUGUCAGUACUGGGGCACAUCUCCAUCACUGAUUUACUACGGAAUGAAUUCACCCUCUAGAGUUCAAGUAGGAUCAGAAGAUGCCUUUUGGACAUCAGGUUUGCCUCUUGAGGUGAGCAACUGAAUCCAUCUCAAGGUGGAGAACACUCCAGUUCUACUUGCACAUGUUCUGAGUACCCCUGAAACCUCCCUCGGUGACCUGUGCUGCAUCUUAUCCACAGAAGCAAAAGAAAGAGAACAGAAAACACCAGGAAGACUCUGCAGGAACUGCCUGCAGAGCCAGUACUGCCCAGAGGUAAACUCUGGAGAAACAGGCACUGCCAGUCUUUGAGGUCCCAUGGCAGAAUCCACACCAACAAAGCUGACAUCCAGAGGAAGGUUCUGAAGGGUGAGGAGGUGGGAAAUGAGGCCCAGUCUUUCCAAGAUGCUUGUCAACAUGUACAGAAAGUUACUUACUGGAAUAUUCAAAAGCCGUUAGCUGUAUAGGUUCCAUAAGUGUGCUCUGAUCCCUGGGCAGUACAGCAGGUACCAAACACUAUGGCAGUUAGAAUGACCACUGUGAAUAUGUGAAAGCAGGGUCAAAAUUCCAAAAGCCCCUGUGAAGAAACACCAAGGCGAAAUUACAUAUUGUUUUUUUUUUUAUUUCUGCCAGAACAGCUCUGUAAAUUCAGCAGUAAGUUUUCAAAGGAGGAUCCAGAAAUAAAAUACACACCUCUGCAUGAGGUGUGAUGGGAAGAUUACCAAAUACUUAUAUAUAAUUCUAGUUACUAUAUCCAAAGGAUGAUACAGAGCAAUCAUUUGUAUUUAUGCUGCUGUUAAGGUUGCUGUCCUGCAUGGGCAGAACUGAGCAGCCAAACCAGUCCAUUUGUCCCAGUCAUGUUGAAGGGGUAGGUUUCUACAAACACACAUUUAUAUUUAGUUAUGCCUGCUGUAGCCUCAUCAAACGUUAGCACUCACCAUUUCAUUUACUUCCACUGACAAAGACUUUGAGCUGUUUAAUGCACCUGAUGCUGAUCAUUCCUGCCUGGAGUCAUGGUGAAAUGCAUUAUUAACUCCUGGGGCAUUUAGCUAGAGACAUUCAAUGGGCAGAACAUCUUUCUUUUUGAGAUUAGAAAUGAUGUGAAAUACUUAUGAGUUAUUAACUUUUUAGCUUUAAAUCCGCUUGCUUUGACUUUCUAGAGAUUUGCUUCAGGGUUGGAGAAGAAUGUUUCCAGGUGAGACUGAUUUGGUUCAGCUAGUUGAGACAGAUGCAGCUCAUUUGGGAAUGGGAGGGAGAAUGGUGAAGGGAGGAUAAAAGGCUUUGGAAGGCACUGUAGAGUCCUUUCUGUUGGGGAAAUUUUUCUAGUCUUCUGUCUUAUUAACUGCCUCUGGUUUUCUCCAUCUUAUUAUGCCAUCACCUAUUCCUCUUAAUUGUUUUCUUUCUUUUGAGUAUUCCCCCUCUGCAGAUUUGCGUCCCUGCAGCAGCCCUUUAGUUAUCCCUGGCAAAGACAGCAAAAGCUUUUUGGGGGGAACUCCUUCAGUCAGGACUCGCCGCUUGCCUCCACGCCUGGCCUGGUGCUCUAUUGACUGGGAGCAACUCUGCCUCCUGCAGCCCAUAGGCUCUGGGGGCUUUGGUUCUGUCUACAAAGCUACCUACCAUGGUACAACCGUGGCUGUAAAGCAGGUGAAGAAAAGCAGCAAAAACCGGCUGGCAUCGCGACAGAGCUUCUGGGCUGAGCUGAACGUAGCCUGGCUACAGCAUGAUAAUGUGGUACGUGUGGUGGCUGCCAGCACGUGUGCCCCAGCCAGCGAGAACAGCCUGGGCACCAUCAUUAUGGAGUAUGUGGGCAGCAUCACCCUGCACCAUGUGAUUUAUGGCACUGGUGAGGCGUGGAGACAGGGUGAGGAUGAUGAAGGAGGAUGUGGAAGGAAGGCCCUGAGCAUGGAAGAGACUGUGUGCUAUUCUUGUGACAUCAUGACUGGCUUAGCCUUUCUCCACUCACAGGACAUUGUGCACUUGGACCUGAAGCCUGCAAACAUCUUUAUCACUGAGCAGGGAGUGUGCAAGAUUGGAGACUUUGGGUGCUCCCAGAAACUGGAGGAGGGCUUGUCCCACAGUCCCCAUGUUUGCCAGCAAGGGGGCACAUACACACACCGUGCCCCUGAGCUCCUCAAGGGGGAGAGGGUCACUGCCAAAGCAGACAUCUACUCGUUUGCCAUCACGCUCUGGCAAAUUGUCAUGCGGGAGCAGCCCUACCUGGGAGAGCGGCAGUACGUGCUCUACGCUGUGGUAGCCUACAACUUACGCCCUUCACUGGCUGCUGCUAUUUUCCACGAGUCACCACUGGGCCAGAAACUCCAAAGUAUUAUUAGCUGCUGCUGGAAGGCCAGUGUAGAGGAGCGCCUGAGUGCAGCCCAGCUGCUUCCCAGCCUCAGGGCCCUCAAACAGAAUCUCUAGGAAAACUCGGGACACUUUAAAUUUAUUUUGUCAACUUUUCUUUUCCUUAACCCUUUCUCUGAACAUAAUUAAUUUAGCCCCUGUGUGUUUCUAAAGGUUUUGUUGCUGGUUUUUUUUGUACUAAAAAAAAACAAACCCAAACUGUUUUGAUAUAAGAAGACUAUAAAUAAAGAGAUUUAAUAAAACUGUGGGCUUUUACCUUGGGAGGGAAUAGACACAAGAUCAAGAUGCUGGCAGAUACAACUUCUUCAGUCUGAUCUGUUGUGUGCUGUCUUGCUCAGGGAGAAACUGGGGAAUGUGAUGUGCAAAAAAAUAGUUGGUUUUAAGUAAGUGAAGUAGAAAAAAAGGGGCUAAGGAGCUGCUUUUGGAAGGUUCUUUAUAUGUAAUACCUUUCAGUAUUUUCAAAAUGUCAGAUAUGAGUAGUUCUUCACUAGCUUGGGUUGUGCAUUUGAGCUUUUCCUCUCUAUUUACCAAAGAAUGAGUAUGUAUCGCAAAUCAGUGAAUGCAGAAAAAUAAAUACAGAGUGUCAGUGGGGUUUUUUUUCCCUUGUUCUUGGAUGUACUUAAUUCCAGUAAGUAUGCUGCUUUUGAUAUGGAAAAUGUGAACUGCUGAUAUACAUCUUGAAAUAAGGAAACUUUUUGCCAGUCUAAGGCUAUCAAGAGUAAGAAGAUACAUUAACAACCUGUACUUUUAUAAGACCUCCCUGCUACGAGGGAGGUGUUAGUUGCAACUUGCUAGCUGGGACACUGCAGACUUUAAUAUCUGAAGCAUUGUAAGAGCAUCUUGUGUAGAGCAGAAAGUUACCAAGUUUUUGAGGUACAGGGUGAGUUAGAAAAAUAAAAAAAUCGGGGAAAAAUUAUUGGUAAAGGGAGGAUUAUUUGUGCUUCAUAAUGCAUGGGUCAGUAUUAGACAAGAUACUGGAAGUACUGUAAAGGAAGCUUGCUUAAAGCAGUAAUAAUGAUACUCUGCUGGUACUCAGAGUGUUCGCUGUUGAACUAUCCUCUGCACUGCUUAUGUCUUAUCUACUAUCUUUCCUAAUCUGGCUGUAAUGUGUCUGGGAAAGGAAGUGCUGUAGGCAAUGCAGAUGACAAAGAGCUCUGAUCCAUGAUUUAUCAGAACUGAUAAUUGUACAUCUGAGCCCUUAUCAGAGGCCAACUGCUGUAGCUGAUAUUGCCAUUCUGCUCAAAGACUCUGCUUCUUUUUAAGACAGGAGAAAGAGUGAUGUUUCAGUCAAAUUGUUUCUCUUCUUUACCCUUCCUCCCCCUUGCUUCCAUUCUGGAAAAAAAAAUCCCCAAGGAAUUGAGCCAGUUUCCUGAUUUCUGACACACAUCUGUUCUUAGCCCCGUGAAAUCCUGGAAAUGAGCAACUAUGUGAAUUUGAGAUGAUUCUGUAGGUCUUUAUGGUAUUUGGGUUGGUAAUUGAAAUUAAUGGUUUAUAAAGCAUAUCUAAGCUUAACUAUUUCUUGGUCUUCCAUCCCCCUUAAGCGGAACUAUAAAAUGCUGGCUGGAAUCAAAAAACCUAAGGUGAAUCCUGGAAAAUAUCUCCCAUGUUUUCUCUGUCAAAAUAAUUAUGCUAUAGAACCAGAACUUUUUUUUUGUGUGUAGCAUAACUUAUUUUAAUAAAGAAGAUAUCUUAAAGAAGUUAUUAUGAUAAGUCAGUUACCUUUUGAAAUGAUUAGCUGAGGGCAUCUAAGAUAAAAUGUUAGAUAAAGCCAAUUGACAUGCCUCAUUUUAACAUCAAGCCUGAAACAGAAGUGGUUCUCCAGUUUUCAAAAGUAUAUAAUAAAAAAUGGAAUUGAAGUUUGUUAGUAGUUCCUAGAUGCUUAUGUGUUGUAUUUAUUUUGCCAAUCUAGGUAGCUGGUUGCUUAUACUGCUAGAAAACUGUUAUUUUUUCCUUAAUGAUCCUUCAGCAUCAGCAAGUGCUACUUGAGUCUCUGUGAAAAAUCAAGCACCCUUCAAAUUCUCUGUUGUACUUGACAGAAUGAUACUGGAUGGCCAAGACCCACUCUUGAAGUAUAAUCAGCUCUGCAGAUGUCUCUGUCAAUUUUUCAGGGUUCUCUUUUGAUAGCGAGUGAGAGAGAACUCUGCACAGCAUUCAAGAUGUAGACACAUCAUACUCUGUUAUAAUAAUGAUGGUCUCUAGUUUUAGUAACUUCAAGGUUUGAUUUGUUUUGAGGGUUUUUUGAUUGCUAUUGAGCUCUGAGUUAAUACUAAUCAAGAAACAUCUCAACCCUAAUAGCUCAGAAUCCCUGGUUCUAUGUGAUGAGCUUGCCUCUCUUUAUGUGCAUAUACCUUGAGUUUCUUUCUGCCAGUUUGUAGCUGGCCCUUGUAAUUAACGUCCAAAAUAACUCCACCAUCAACAAAUUUGUUUAUCUUAUGGGUCACUCUCUUGCACUUCAUUUAUGGAUGUGCUGGGCAGUACAGGAUCCCCUGAAACACCAGUGGACACUUUCUCUAGCUGAGAGAACUGACACUUUACUUUUUAUGCCCGUG